GAUGCUGGGGGUGGCAGAGGGCCCAUGGGGUGUCCCCAGGGUGGCCAAGAGUGAUGGCGCUCUGGGAUCUCCCAAGGGUGCUAGUGGUGUCCCCAGUGUCCCUGCACCAUGCGGCCCUGCCUGCUGAUUGCCCUGGCCCUGCUGGGCACAGUUCCCGUCAGCUGCUCUGCUCUUGCCAGCCCUGCAGUGGAGGAUGCGGAGGACGUGACAGAGCUGGAGGUGCCCGAGGAGUACAGCGGGUGCCGGGGGGCCAGUGACAAGCAGGCACCCGGUGUCCCCAGCAUGCCGGGCACCGCCACCCGCCACUACGUCAUCAGCACCAGCUACCGAAGCUUCCGCCGUGCGCAGCGCAUCUGUGCCUGGCGCUUCCAUGGGCGCUUGGUCUCGAUCCACAAUUCCCGCACCAACACUUUCCUGCUGCUCCUGGCACGCCGGCACACCAAUGCCGGCCUGGUCUGGAUCGGUGCUGUCAGCCAGCCCGCAAUCCCAUUCCCGAAUUGCCACUGGACCGACCGGAGCCCCUGGAACUACAGCCGGUGGGCGCACGGGCACCCCCUGCCCAGCCACCGCUUCUGCACCGCCCUCUGCACCAACAAUGGGCUCUGGAGGAGUGUGCACUGCAAGAGGAAGCUGCCCUUCAUCUGCGAGAUAUGA